UUCUCUCUUCCCUUUCUCUCUCCUCUCUGCACACUCUAUCUGUCUCUCUGUCUCUCUAUCUCUCCCUCUAAGCAUCGCAGAGAGGGAGCGACCGGCCGCCGUUGGGCUUCGGCGGCGGAAGCGCGCAAUUAGAGCAACGAUCAGGUCGGUCGGCCGAUCAGGGAAAGCAAUCACCAGCUUGCAGCUUUUCUAGUUCGAUUUUGGAGGUUCUCGAUCGCCGAUUCUUCGUGGCAAUUGUUUGGGUAUGGAUCUUCCGGGGCUCACCGUGAUAUUUCAAGCUGCUCUGAGUCCUAACCCCGAUGAGCGCAAGGCCGCGGAGCAAAGCCUGAACCAGUUCCAAUACGCACCGCAGCAUCUUGUAAGGUCGUUGCAGAUCAUCGUGGACAAUAAUUGCGACAUGGCUGUGCGGCAGGUUGCUAGUAUCCAUUUCAAAAACUUCAUUGCUAAGCACUGGUCCCCUCAUGAGCCUGAUGAGCACCAACCAAUCUUGAAGACCGAUAAAGAUAUGGUUCGAGAUCACAUUCUAGUAUUUGUUGCUCAAGUCCCCCCUUUACUGAGGGUGCAGCUUGGUGAGUGCUUAAAGACGAUCGUUCAUGCUGAUUAUCCGGAGCAGUGGCCCCACCUACUGGACUGGGUUAAGCACAAGUUUCAAGAUCAACAAGUAUAUGGAGCUUUAUUUGUGUUGAGAAUCCUUGCUAGAAAAUAUGAAUACCAUUCUGCUCUGAUUUCUUCCUGGAAGGGGUAUCGGGAUUAUGAGUUAGGGUUCAAGUCCGACGAGGAAAGGACACCUGUUUAUCACAUUGUUGAAGAGACAUUCCCUCAUCUGCUCAAUAUCUUUAAUAGACUUGUCCAGAUUGUCAAUCCAUCACUGGAAGUGGCGGAUCUAAUUAAGCUCAUUUGCAAAAUAUUCUGGUCCUCUAUCUAUUUGGAAAUUCCAAAGCAGUUAUUUGAUCCUAAUGUGUUCAAUGGUUGGAUGAUUCUUUUCUUAAACGUGUUGGAAAGACCGGUUCCCAUCGAUGGCCAGCCAGUAGAUCCCGAGAAUAGAAAAGCUUGGGGUUGGUGGAAGUUGAAGAAAUGGACAGUACACAUUUUAAACAGGCUGUACACACGGUUUGGAGAUCUCAAGGUUCAGAACCCUGAAAAUAAGGCCUUUGCUCAAAUGUUUCAGAAGAACUAUGCAGGAAAAAUACUGGAGUGCCAUUUAAAUUUGUUGAAUGUUAUUCGUACUGGAGGUUAUCUACCUGACAGAGUUAUUAAUCUCAUUCUUCAAUAUCUCUGCAACAGCAUCAACAAGAACAGCAUGUUCGAAUUGCUGCAACCAAGACUUGAAGUUCUUCUAUUUGAGAUUGUUUUUCCCCUCAUGUGCUUCAAUGACAAUGAUCAGAAGCUUUGGGAUGAGGACCCGCAUGAGUAUGUGCGGAAGGGUUAUGAUAUUAUCGAAGAUCUUUACAGUCCAAGAACUGCAUCCAUGGAUUUUGUCAGUGAGUUGGUUAGAAAACGUGGAAAAGAAAAUCUACAAAAGUUCAUCCAAUUCAUUGUGGAGAUAUUUAAGAGAUAUGAUGAAUCACCCGUGGAGUACAAACCCUAUCGACAAAAAGAUGGUGCUCUUCUUGCUAUUGGAGCACUCUGUGAUAAAUUGAAGCAAACUGAACCAUACAAGGCUGCACUAGAAAGAAUGUUGGUGCAGCACGUAUUCCCUGAAUUUACCAGUCCUGUUGGGCACCUGAGAGCUAAGGCUGCAUGGGUUGCCGGACAGUAUGCUCAUAUCAAUUUUUCUGAUCCUAACAACUUCCGGAAAGCUUUGCACAGUGUUGUUUCUGGGCUACGGGAUCCUGAGCUCCCUGUCCGUGUUGACUCAGUUUUUGCAUUGCGUUCUUUUGUUGAAGCUUGCAGAGACUUGAAUGAAAUCCGUCCAAUCCUUCCGCAGCUCCUUGACGAGUUUUUUAAGCUUAUGAAUGAGGUUGAGAAUGAGGACCUUGUUUUCACAUUGGAGACAAUUGUUGACAAAUUUGGGGAGGAGAUGGCACCGUAUGCUCUUGGGUUAUGCCAGAAUUUGGCUUCUGCAUUCUGGAGGUGUAUGAACUCCGCUGAAGCUGAUGAUGAAGGUGAUGAUCCUGGUGCUCUAGCUGCUGUUGGUUGUUUGCGUGCCAUAAGCACGAUCCUUGAGUCAGUGAGCAGGCUUCCUCACCUCUUCAUCCAAGUUGAACCAACUUUGCUGCCCAUAAUGCGUAAAAUGUUGACUACCGAUGGACAAGAGGUUUUUGAAGAAGUUUUGGAGAUUGUAUCUUACAUGACCUUCUAUUCACCUACAAUAUCAAUGGAUAUGUGGACUCUCUGGCCAUUGAUGAUGGAUGCACUCGCAGAGUGGGCAAUUGAUUUCUUUCCUAAUAUACUAGUUCCUUUGGACAACUACAUCUCGAGAGGAACUGGACAUUUUUUGACUUGCAAGGAGCCCGAUUAUCAGCAAAGUCUGUGGAAUAUGGUUUCAUCUGUUGUGGCUGACAAAAACCUAGAAGAUAAUGACAUUGAGCCAGCUCCAAAGCUCAUUGAAGUAGUGUUCCAGAACUGCAAAGGUCAGGUAGAUCAGUGGGUUGAGCCAUAUCUCAGAAUCACUGUUGAGCGGUUGCGGCGUACUGAGAAAUCCUACUUAAAAUGUCUUCUCAUGCAAGUGAUUGCCAAUGCUCUUUAUUACAAUGUGAGCUUGACACUCAGCAUAUUGCAAAAGCUGGGUAUUGCCACAGAAAUCUUCAGUCUGUGGUUUCAGAUGCUGCAACAAGUUAAAAAAAGUGGCCUUCUCGCUAAUUUCAAAAGAGAACAUGACAAGAAAGUCUGCUGCUUGGGCCUAACGUCUCUAUUGGCUCUUCCUGCUGAUCAAUUACCAGAGGAGGCUUUGGGGCGUGUUUUCAAAGCCACGCUUGAUCUGUUAGUUAAAUACAAAGAUCAAAUUGCAGAAGCUGAAAAAGAGGACGAGGCUGAAGAUGAUGAUGAAAUGGAUGGUUUCCAAACAGAUGAUGAAGACGAUGAAGUUGACGGGUCUGAAGAGAUGGGUGAGGAUGGGGAUGAAGCUGAUAGCAUCAGAUACCAGAAAUUGGCAGCACAGGCAAAGGCAUUCCGUCCACAUGACGAAGACGAUGACGACUCUGAUGAUGACUAUAGUGACGAUGAAGAAUUGCAGUCACCGAUAGAUGAGGUUGACCCCUUCAUAUUCUUCGUUGACAUGGUCAAAGCCAUGCAAGUGUCAAACCCAAUGAGGUUCCAGAACCUCAUGCAGACACUGGACUUUCAUUAUCAAGCACUUGCCAAUGGGGUUGCUCAACACGCAGAGCAGAGGAGAGCAGCAAUAGAAAAAGAGAAGGUAGAGAAAGCAUCAGCCACCCCUGUUUCAUGACUUGAGGCAAAAUACCCUCAUGCAGUAGAGAAAUGCUCUUUGGUCUGAAGUUUUUCUUUGGUUUGAUCUCUCAUUUGUGGGAAACGGAGAGUUCUUGCAAGUCCCUAUGAAGUGAUUGUUCCAAUUGGAUGGUUCUCAGUCAUUGAGGUCAGUGAGAGUGCUCCCUAGAGGUUCAAGUUUUGAAGCGCUUACACCUCCUAAAGUCGUAGAGAAUUCGGCGGCUGCCGCUUUUCUCAGUUUAUGUGUCUGGGAGUAUUCAGUUGGGUGGGUUUUGCCAUCACAUUAUAAGAGUGACUCGUCUCAGCAAUGUUGAACAUACUGUUGUGUCAUAAUAUGGGAUAGAGUCCCUCUCUCUUAUGAGGCAUGGCCACUACUCUCCCGGGGUGAGUCGAAGAGUUCAUCUUUGUUCUUUUGUAUACAGGGGAUGGUCUGGUGGCCUCAUUGUUAUUUAUGGGUGCUGAGUUAGCCCCAUUCAUUUUUUUUUUCCUUGAGAAAAUUUUUUUGUGGGUAUAGUCAUUAGCAAUAACUCGUUAUCGGUUUAUUUUGGUUUUGGAUCUUUUGCGUUUAUCUUGGCAGAGGGCUUUGGAGGGUAAGCUUCCUGCUUAUUGUAAAACAGUUGUAUUCUUUGUUACAUGUCAGUUCAUGGAGGAAGGGAUUUUUUUCCUGCUGGGAGCUUUC